UUUCAAUCAAUCGCUCUCAUACACCAGACAAACAUCGAUAAGGAAUGGCUUCGUUUCCAAUCAUUGUACUAGUUUUUGCAUUCGCAUCUUUGUGUUUCUCAGUUCAUGGAAGACCAGCUGUAGAUUACGAAUAUUAUGAUAAUGAAAUAGCAGACCCUUCAAUGAACAAUAUGAGACAGAAUCCAACAAGUACCACAGGGGCACCUGUUCAGAAACCAACAAGCACCACAAAGCCACCUGUUGAACCCAUGGAAACAACGACGGAAUAUAGAUACCAGGAUAUUAUAGCACCUUAUACUGUGAAAGUUCCAAAAGUAGAAUCGAUUCGUCAUGCAGCUGGGACAUUGUACUACACAGUGCAUCCAGAUGAGGAUUCGUACAAGAAACUCAUGGAAGUUUAUGAGGAGCACUUUGAAAUCCCGAUGAACAGAAAUUUGCCGAAAAAUGUUCCUCCAAAGAGAUAUUAAUCGCUGUCUACAUUACAAUUCUAAAAUAACGCUGAGAUAAUAAAGUUGGUUAAAUGAGAACUUGUUUCAGCGAGAGGGAUAUAAGUGCAUCGUGAAUGUAAAAGACAACUGGGCAGCAGGCUAAGAUUUUUACAUAAGAUAACCAAGACAACAAAAUAAACUUCAACCGUCUGAGACGA